AUGUCUGACAAGACUGUGUCUCGUCUCAAUAUUGAGACUUCGAUAUCCCCAGAAACAGUCCCCGCUUCACCAUACAUCCCUGGCUCAGGCAAUAUUUUCCCCAAGUUUGUUGAUGCAAUCUCACAAACGGGCUGGGAGCUCUGGUACUUUGAUGGUGUCUCCAAAGACGACCAGUCUGCUAUUUCCAUCGGCAUCAACAGAAGUGCUGAGGGUCUGAAGCACGGCGGCUUCAAAGUUCAGAUCUUUACCGUCUGGCCUGAUGGACAUACCUGGCACCGUGAUCUGUACCUCCCAGAGUCAAUCGUCACUUCUGAAGAUGGGCAUAUCACUGGUCUGUGGGAAGAUGCAGCUAGUGGAGGCAAAGUCUCAUUCUCUGUGACUAGAGACUGCUCCUUGGCUGUCUUGGCCUUUUCCGUGCCUGGCGUUGUUGAUGGCACCAUGCAGCUCGAGGCUCUACCUGGAGACUCAGGUCUCGACACCAACCCACAGGUGGGGCCACAUGUACCCUACGUCCGUCCCAUGGGGAGAGCUUCUGUAAAAGCAGAGCUGUCCCUCUUCUCCCAAGACAGUUCAACAUCUGAGCAAUUCAUCCUCGGUCCAUCUGCAAACGGCGGCAUGGACCGCGUCUGGACACUAUACUCCUGGGCCCAUUUCAUGACAGAGUCAUACUAUCUCCGCGCCCAAGUCGGUCCCUACGCAAUGCAAAUAAUGCGCAUCUUCUCUGAAGCCGAAAGCGGCUGCAAGCCAUAUACAAUGGCAAGACUCUACCGCGACGACAAGCUCGUCUGCGCAGCAAACCAAGUUCUCACCUACGAAGAGCAAGAUUUCUCCCAAGACUCUUUGAUUCUCAGCAAGCGCUACGACGCAUCCUCUGAGGAUGUAGUCACAGGUGCGUAUCGCGACAAGAACAUUGGGUAUAUAGUUGAGUUCGUUGCAAAGGGAACGGGUGGACAACGGUGGAUGUUUCAGGUUGACCAUGAGCGCAUUUUCUGGAAUUAUCCUACGAGUGCGCCUGGACCUGAAGGAACGGGUAAUACCGGGUUUGUUGAGUCGGUUAUUGGGGGUGCGGAUGAGGAGGCGUACUUUGGGGUUGGGACGGGAGGUCAGUGUCAGUUGAGCUAG